ACUCUGGAUGUGGUGCGUUAUAUCCAUCCCCAUUGAACUGGCGCUCCUGUAAAUAGAGAAGCUGUUCACAGGAAAGUUUCCCCCGCCUCUUCCUCAUCUCUCUUGGUAUCAUCAGAGCAGCUGCUGAACACACGCGCACCUCCACGCUCACACUGAAUAUGCCGGGACUGUUGCUCGGGGAUGUGUUUCCUGAUUUCGAGGCAGAGGCCACCACUGGCACAAUUAAACUCCACGAAUUUCUCGGUGAUUCAUGGGGAAUCUUGUUCUCCCACCCCAGAGACUACACCCCCGUGUGCACCACAGAGCUGGGCCGUGCUGCCAGGCUGUAUGGGGAGUUCAGCAAGCGCGGCGUCAAAAUGAUCGCACUGUCAGUCGACUGCCUGGAGGAUCAUCACAGCUGGACCAAGGACAUCCUGGCGUACAACUGUGAGGAGUCGGCCUGCUGCUCGCUGCCCUUUCCCAUCAUAGCGGACAGUAAACGGGAGCUGGCAGUGGCCCUGGGCAUGCUGGACCCAGAUGAGAAGGACAAAGAUGGCAUGCCGCUAACUGCCCGCUGUGUGUUUAUCAUCGGCCCCGACAAAAGGCUGAAACUGUCGCUGCUCUAUCCGGCCACCACAGGACGCAACUUUGAUGAGAUCCUGAGGGUGGUGGAUUCGCUCCAGCUCACAGCAGGGAAAAGAGUGGCCACACCUGCCGACUGGAAGCUUGGAGACUGUGUGAUGGUCUCCCCGAACAUGUCUGAGGAGGAGGCUGCUGCUUUGUUCCCAGAAGGCGUCUACACCAAAGACCUGCCCUCUGGCAAGAAAUACCUGCGCUACACACCACUGCCAUGAACACUGACUUCUGUCACACACACUCUACCUUCACACUGAAGGUCUCAGUGCCCUGACUCCUUAAUGUGCCUGAUUUCUAUUUCAUCCAUGAAUUAUUCUUUGGGAAAACAAUGAAAAUGUAGAGAAACAUGCCUGAUCGUGCAAUGUUAAAGAAAUCCUUUGUGUGGAUUCACAACAAAACUUAAUGGAUUCCUCCCUGACCAAUACCACAUCUUUCAACCAAGUUCCGUUGAAAUCCAUUUUGUAGUUUCGGCAUAAUUCUGCUGACAAACAAAAAAACAACACUCAAUAGAGCACAAGGACCAACAGUCCCCUUAAGUUCAGCCAACUCUGCACCAAAUUUCACACAGACAUACAGUAGAGACCGGUUUCUGUAAUGUUCCAUCAACAUCCUUCACUUAUUCCCUGGGAAAAAGGUGAAAAUGUUGAAAAACGUCCUGUCUCCCAAUGUUAAUGAAAGUGAUAAUAAGAAAUUCCUGGAUUGGCCCUAAAACCGAAUGGGUUCUUUCCUGACCCAAGUUCGGUGGAAAUCCUUCAUUUUGAUCUUGUGUAAUCUUGUUCACAAACAAACAAAAGGACAGAGGUGAAAACAUAACCUCCUAUAAACAGUAAAUAGAAUUGGUGAAAAUAGUUUAAAUAUUUUGCAUAUGCAUUUGGGUCGCUCUGUCUUUUGUAGACUGAUGCAAGAGGAAGUGGCACCUGUGGUUAUUUACAGACACGAUGAGAUAAUAGCUGCAGUGAGCAAAGUUCACUCUCAAUAUUCCAUCACCCUCUUCAUUGUCCCCAAACCUAAUUUAUAGUCUACAGAAUCAGAAAAGAAUGCAGAAUUGUCUCUUAUCAAAUAACUUAUUGUAAUAACUUGCGUAUUUGUUGUGUCAGGCAAAGCAAAUUCAUUGAGUGAAAAUAGUAUGGCACUUGCAUUUUAAUGGUAGGGUGUGUGAUGUGUGCAUUUCACCUGUGUGAGUGAAUAAAAAACGUUGCGGUUGUUGUUUUCCCUCCCA